GCUCAACCACCAUAAAUGGCGCCCAUCCGGCUCUUCGCCCGCAAAGCAGCACGAGCAGCGGCGGCGCCCGGUCACUGCAGAGCCGGCGUCGUUCCCGCGUGGCGCGGCCGGAGUGGUGCGGCGGCGGCUGCUGCGGCGGCAGGAGCGGCGAGAGCGGGCCGGGCGCGGGCGGCGGGCGCGGGCAGAAUGAAAGGGCCGUCGGGCGGGCCGGCGUCGGAGGUGAUCCGCGAGGGCGAGCUGGAGAAGCGCAGCGACAGCCUCUUCCAGCUGUGGAAGAAGAAGCAGGUGGUGCUGAGCAAGGAGAGCCUGAGCCUCUUCUCGCCCGAGGGCGGCGGCGGCGGCGGCGGCAGGGCCCGCGCCAAGGAGCUGCGCUUCGGCUCCAUCCAGAAGGUGGACUGCGUGGAGCGCACCGGCAAGUACGUCUACUUCACCAUCGUCACCACGGACCGCAAGGAGAUCGACUUUCGGUGCCCGGGCGAGAGCUGCUGGAACGCCUCCAUCACCAUGGCGCUGAUCGACUUCCAGAACAAGCGCGCCAUCCAGGACUUCAAGAGCCGGCAGGAGGCCGUCGAGCAGGCGGCGGCGGGCAGUCGCGACCGGCGCUUGGCUCGGGCGCCCUGAGCCCCGCGCCCGGCCAGCCUAGCCAAGAUUAUACAUCUGGAUAAUACAUUUGUCUUGGACUGAAUCAGGACAGGAUACCAAUGAAGGAAAACAAAGAAGGAUGCUACAAUACCUAGAUUUUUCCAGGUGUGAUCAGAUGGCUAAGCAAAGAGUCCAAGCUUCUCCUUAGAGGCAUUUAUAAACCAAAGAACUUUUUUUUUAAAAAAAGAAAAAGACUUAAGGCAAAGAGUAAGGUUGUACUUCCAAUACACCCAAUUUUGCAUUAUUUUUUUUUCUAUUUAUAAGAUGCAAAGAACAUGUAGCACCUUCAGGUGUGAAACCAUUUAAAUUAUUUGUAAUAUCUAUAUUUGUAUUUAUUUUGAUAAACUUUUGUCUUAAAUUGCUUUUAGCAUUUAAAUACCGGUAUGUCCAUUCCAAAUAAAAUGGCUUUUUUUUUUACUGUA